AUGGAUCUCGAUCCAACAGCUACCACUGUCACAACCACAGCUGCACCAAUAACAACAACAACCAGACUGUCUUCUUCCUCUGGACCCCUCACCAAACUUCCUCUACAAUUCUCUGUUCUUGUUGAUGCGCCUGCUCCAUCUUGCCGUGUGGGAGACUACUUGCCACAGUUCCUGCACCCAACACCCGCCAAUGGAGAACGCCUCCAUGCUGAAGCCAACAAAGAGGUGGAGAUCAGAGUCAAAGCACAAGCUAACUACGCAACACUAGAGGGUAUCAUCAUCAGUGGGCCCCUGCGUGUCACCAAGCACCGGACCACACAUAACAAGUUUGCCAUCAGAUGGACCCCUGCCACAGAUGAUGUAGGAGAUCAUUUCCCCAUUUGCUUUGCUGCCGAAGCAAAAGCAGGGUCUCGCGUCUAUCAGUCUGAGAUGCGAUGUGUCUUGGUGGAUGUCGUGCAGGACAGUGUCAAAACCAACGUCAUCUGCCAGGAGUCUACCAUGACAGUAGAGGUGGAGAGAGCCUCAUUAUCUGGAAUUCGCGUGGAUCAUCUCCGGCUUAAUGAUCCCAGCAACACAGUGUGCAGCCUGCAGUCCCACUCCAACAGCACUCACAUCGUCGCUGUCAUCCCCCUCAACUCCUGUGGCACUCAGAUUGAGGAAGAUGAUGAUAACUUAUUCUUCAAGAAUGAGAUCACCACCACCGACGAUGUCAACACCCUCAUCACCAGGAAACACCUGCUGGAGGUGGAGUUCUACUGCCAGUACCCCAAGAGAGGAAACGUGACACUGGGCUUCACUGCUCACAGGAGCAACGUCACCGUGUGGGAGAAAGGCUUCGGCACGUUCACCUACGAGUUUGAGUUCUUCCACGGCAGCAGCUUCCAGAGAAUGAUGGAUCCCAGUUCGUACCCGCUGCUGUAUGAUGUGGGGGAGAGGAUCUACAUGCAGAUAGAGGCCAUAUCUUCCAUCAACAACACUGAGCUGUUUGUUGAGUCCUGCAGAGCUGCACCAUACGACAACCCAAACUACACACCCACCUACUCCAUCAUUGAAAAUGGGUGUGAAGUGGACGCGACCACUCAAAUCCACUCACCGAACCACCAAAACCAUUUCAGCUUCAGCAUGGAGACCUUCAAGUUCAUUGGGCAGCAUGACCAGGUGUACAUCAGCUGCUCGGUCAUGGUGUGUGAAGCAGGGAACCCCAGCACCAGGUGCUCUCAGGGAUGCAUCAACUCCACAUCUCCUCAGUCUUACAGUCACCAUCGUGGCAAGAGAGAGGCCGUCAUCCAAACUGCAAAGCACUUUGUUUCCCAGGGACCCCUGCGCUUGAGGUCAUCUGAGAGCACAGCGACCAACCUGAACCUGAACCUGAAUCUGGUGUUCAUCGCUGGAUGUCUUCUCGCAGCGGUUGGCAUGAUCUGUGCAGUGAUCAUUUACAAAAGCAAAGCGUCAAAGAUCAAAUAUCAGCCUUUGCCAUCAUUUGAAAAUUAA